AAACGAUAACCAACUGUAUACGGCAUUAUCGCAUUUAAUGAACAGGGGGAAGUCCUCCCACGCAGGAUAAACUCUGAAUACAUCCACAUGGAUUUACGCCUAAGUCAUUUGCAAUCGCUUUAUUCAAACUAAAGGCUAGUGUGGUGAUUAUUUUUACGUUUUAUUUUCAUAUAUAUAUAUAUAUAUAUAUAUAUAUAUAUAUCGGCGCUCUCACGGCAUGAUGCAUCGGCGUGAAAGCUGAUCACUGUCUCGUGGUCGUUGGGUGACGGCGAUGCGCCGAAUAAAUAUCGCGGCGUCUGAAAUUCUGUGCAUCAGCAUUAUCACGGAAGGAAGAAUCCCUCCUGGGCUCCGUCCUUUGUGCAGUCAGACGGGGGCGGGGGAGACUCAGACAUACGGAGACUCUGCAGAUUCCUGCGUGCCUCCGUGUCGCUCCGUUUGCUGUGGGGCCAGGUUGCGCAGUGGUAAAGCGCGCUCCCUGUCCCACGAUCCCGGCUCCCUCGCUUGUAUCUAAAGGAUUAAAGUCCUUGCCCAGAAAUGAACACCUGAAAUCAAAUACAUUGUGCAUAGCAGACAAAAAUCUCCGGCGACAUUAAAUUUAAACCCACCGUCUAAACUGUAUACAAAUCUAUAUAUGAAAACCGAACGUCAUGUCGGACCGAGAGCUUAAAAUAAAUUUUGCUGAAAAGCAAUAUUUGUAGGGUAGUCUUUCAAGCAAAUGAGACUAUUUACGUCUAAGAAAGAAGCAUCCGCUACGUUUGCCGCAUAGCAAAUUAUUUCCAUUAUACAGCGUACUUUAUAUAUAAGCUACAGCCUGGUAGACAUUUAUCGCACAUUUAGUCGCCCCAGAGCUUCAUUUCAGCUUAGCAGUGCAUUGUAAUAACUUCCAGAUGAGACCUAUGCCUCGAUAUUUCCGAGGAUAGUAGCCUACUGAAAUCCCCGUGAAUACUGUUUCGGCGAUCUGAUACCGCAGUGGCAUAUUGAGUGCCGUAACAGACCAAAAAAACAAAAAAACAAAACAUCCAUAGUGCUGUUAUUCGUUUAAUGGUUGGGUAGUGUUAUCAGAUCCUCUCGUCCAUGCAGAAUAGCCUUAUUUUACCUGCUGUGAUCACUUCAGUCCCCCAUAACAACGGGCGCUACGGCAUUUCGCAUAUGUGCCAUUAAGUCGCAUUUGAUAAAGAUCUGGCUCUUAUUAAGCAAUAAGACCCUCUACUCAGCACCAGCAGCCCAUUACGGAGAAGGAACAGAACCAGGACCACCAGUCGAUUACGCAGAAGGAACAGAACCAGCAGCAGCAGCCCAUCUUCCAGCACACACUUCGUGGGCUACCCUUUAAACUGAGCGAUCAAGUUGAGCCGUGGUUACGUGCGCUGGGACAGCAAGCGGAGGGGGUGGAGAGUGGAGCAGGCACUGCAAUAUCAUUUGUGAAUCGCUCUCAGAGUGCCGCAGAUACGGGUUGCGAGCGAACGGGCUACGAGCGCACGCCGGCCGUGUCAAUGCAGGUGGAGCUCGGAGAAUGCGGGAAUCAGCACGGCAUCUUCCCAGGGAUAUUUACUGAAACCACUGCUUAAUCGGAAUUACAGUUUUCCCUCCGUUUUGCAUUGAUUCCCCCCCCACCUUACACAGUCUAUGCAUCGCUCUGCGGGUUUUUUUUAUUUUCCGCCGUUGAUGCAACUAUAUAGCGCGAUGUAUUAAGUGACUGGAGGCAGCAAAAUCUUAAGUUCUUGUUAAAGACGGCGGGACAGAUCAUUUACUGCCCAUUCACUUCCACAAGGUUCAACACGACUUCGCGCGAAUCAAAUCUACAUAACAAGCAGAUCAGCUGCGGGGAGCGAUGAGGACUACUGGUGCAGUGGACUAUUUAUGCUACUGUAUGCUCAUUUUGCGGCUGCUGACUCAGCCGGCUGCCAAGCAAGUACUUCGAUAUCGCUUAGCAGAAGAAGGUCCUGCCGAUGUUCGGAUUGGAAACGUAGCCGCCGACCUCGGCAUCGUGGCUGGAUCUGGUGAGGUGACUUUCACCCUCGAGUCCGGAUCCGAUUACUUUAAAAUUGACAAUAUAACCGGAGAGCUGAGCACUAACGAGCGCAGGAUAGACCGUGAGAAAUUACAGCAAUGCCAAAUGAUAUUUGAUGAAAACGAGUGCUUCAUAGACUUCGAAGUGUCAGUAAUAGGGCCAGCACAGAGCUGGGUCGACCUGUUUGAGGGAAAAGUGAUCAUCUUAGACAUAAAUGACAAUACCCCGUCCUUCCCAUCUCCUGUGCUGACUUUAUCGGUGGAGGAGAACAGACCGAUAGGUACGCUGUAUUUACUUCCCACAGCCACUGAUAGAGAUUUUGGAAGGAAUGGAAUAGAGCGCUAUGAGCUGCUCCAGGACAGUGGGGAGGGCUCAGUCAGGCGGCCGGGGUCCAGUGCCAUGGGCCGUGUCGAUGCUGGGGAGAGUUACUCAGGCAAGAGGAGAUUUGACACUGAGGGAGCUGGCAGAAGCAGUGUCUUUGAACUCCAAGUUGCUGACACAACGGAUGGGGAGAAGCAGCCACAGCUGAUUAUUAAAGGAGCCCUAGACAGGGAGCAGAGGGACUCCUAUGAGCUGACGUUGCGGGUCAGGGAUGGGGGAGACCCUCCUCGUUCCUCCCAAGCCAUCCUGCGUGUUAUGAUUACGGAUGUGAAUGACAACAGCCCCCGCUUUGAGAAGAGCAUAUAUGAGGCUGACCUGGCUGAGAACAGCUCCCCUGGAGCCCCCAUUCUGCAGCUGAAGGCCACCGAUUCUGACGUCGGAGUAAACGGGCAGAUCGAAUACGUCUUCGGCGCGGCCACCGAGUCUGUCCGUCGGCUUCUACGCCUGGAUGAGGGCUCGGGCUGGCUCAGUGUGCUGCACCGCAUCGAUCGCGAGGAGGUCAGCCAGCUGCGCUUCACAGUCAUGGCCCGUGACCGCGGGCAGCCCCCCAAGACGGAUAAGGCCACGGUGGUGCUCAACAUCAAAGACGAGAAUGACAACGUGCCCAUCAUUGACAUCCGGAAGAUCGGGAGGAUAUUCGUAAAGGAUGGGGUAGCUAAUGUGGCAGAGGAUGUGGUGGUGGACACCCCGGUGGCGCUGGUGCAGGUGUCAGACCGAGACCAGGGAGAGAAUGGGGUGGUAACGUGCACGGUGGUAGGGGAUGUGCCCUUCCAGCUGAAGCCAGCCAGUGAGACAGAGGGCGAGCAAAACCGAAAAAAGUACCUCCUUCACACCUCAGCCCCUCUGGACUACGAGGCCACACAGGAGUACAACGUUGUCAUUGUGGCUGUAGACUCUGGAAGCCCUAGCUUAUCUAGCAAUAACUCCUUGAUUGUCAAGGUGGGGGACACCAAUGAUAACCCCCCUAUAUUUAGCCAGAAUGUGGUCGAAGUUUCCUUUCCAGAAAAUAACGCCCCAGGUGAAAAAGUGACUAACGUAGUAGCUCUUGAUGCAGACAGCGGGAAGAAUGCCCAGAUUUCUUAUUCCCUGGACCCCUCUGUAAAUGGAAUAUUUUCCAUUGAUGCCGACAGCGGGGACAUCAGAGUCAACACCGUUUUGGACAGGGAGCAGGCGGAAAGGUAUGAAUUUAAAGUCAUCGCCAAGGACAAGGGCAUCCCAGUCCUCCAGGGGUCUGCCACCGUGGUGGUCCUGGUGGCAGAUAAAAAUGACAAUGAGCCAAAGUUCAUGCAAGAUGUGUUUACCUUUUAUGUAAAGGAGAACCUGCAGCCUAACAGCCCUGUAGGGAUGGUUACUGUAAGCGAUGCGGACAAAGGGGAAAAUGCACAGAUGAGCCUUUACAUAGAGGAGGAGGAGGACAUAUUUUCCAUAGAAAAUGACACUGGGACAAUCUUCUCCACUGUGUCAUUUGACAGGGAGCAAAAGACUACCUACACGUUCCGAGUCAAAGCAGUAGACGGCGGGAUUCCACCCCGUUCUGCCACGGCGACAGUGUCAUUGUCUGUCAUGGAUGAGAAUGACAAUCCUCCCACUGUCACCUUUCCCAGCAACAAUUCUUAUACACUGCUGCCACCCACUAGUAACUCCAGGACCGUGGUGAGAACGGUCUUGGCCACAGACACCGACACUGGGGUCAACGCUGACCUGAACUUCAGCAUUGUAGGUGGGAAUCCGUUCAAACUGUUUGAGAUUGACCCUGCCAAUGGGGUCAUUUCUCUAGUGGGCAAGGUGGAGCAGAAGCACUAUGGUUUGCACCGUCUAGUGGUCCAAGUGAAUGACAGUGGCCUCCCCUCGCAGAGUACUACCACCUUGGUGCACGUGUACAUUAAUGAGACAGUGUCUAAUUCUACCAUUGUGGAGGCUCAGGUUGCCAAGAGCCUGGGCACACCCCUGUCUGUUGACAUUGCCGGAGACCCAAAUUACGAUUUAGGCAAACAGAGACUGAGCAUUGUGAUAGGUGUGGUAUCGGGUAUUAUGACGGUAAUCCUCAUUAUCCUCAUUGUUGUCAUGGCCCGGUACUGCCGGCCCAAGAGCAAGAAUGGCUAUGAGGCCGGAAAGAAGGACCAUGAGGACUUUUUCACCCCUCAGCAGCAUGACAAGAACAAGAAACCCAAAAAGGACAGGAAGAACAAGAAGUCCAAGCAGCCCCUGUACAGCAGCAUUGUCACUGUGGAGGCAUCCAAACCCAACGGGCAACGCUAUGAUGGUGUGAAUGAGAAACUGUCAGACAGCCCAGGGAUGGGUCGCUACCGUUCUGUCAAUGGCGGUCCCGGGAGUCCCGACCUCGCUCGACACUACAAGUCCAGCUCUCCCUUGCCCACGGUCCAGCUGCACCCUCAGUCACCCACAGCGGGGAAAAAACACCAGGCUGUGCAAGACCUGCCCCCAGCAAACACCUUCGUGGGAACCGGAGAUAACAUAUCGCUUGGAUCUGACCACUGCUCUGAGUACAGCUGUCAGACCACCAGCAAGUACAACAAACAGCCGUUUCGUCGAGUGACCUUCUCUGUGGUGAGCCAGCCCCAGGACCCACACCAGGGAUCUCUGCAGAGCUGCUACGACAGCGGCCUGGAGGAGUCUGAGACGCCCAGCAGCAAGAGCUCGUCCGGCCCCAGGCUGGGAGCCCUUCCCCUACCUGAGGACAACUACGAGAGGACCACUCCGGAUGGCAGUGUUGGUGAGGCAGAGCAUAUGGAAAAUGACUCGCGGCCGCUGCCCGACGUAGCCAUGACCGGCAAGUGCACGCGAGAAUGUGACGAGUUUGGACACUCUGACUCCUGCUGGAUGCCCGUGCGGACGUCGCCAGAGAGGCGCCAGAAGAACACCCAACCAAAGCUAUCCACCUUCGUGCCCGGCGCUGCUGAGCAAGGCAGCCAGGAGACCCUCCCCAACGGGGAUCCCCCACACCUGGUCGGCGACCGGAACCGCAACCUGCUCAACAAGAAGAUGUCCUCAUCCUCCUAUGAGACCUUCAGCACGGCCAGCUUCGGGAAGAACGAGGACAGCCACCCGGAAGACAUUCCUCUGGCCCAGGCAGGAGAGUAUAAGCCGUCUUCCUGCGGGACGCUGACCCGGCGGGAGGUCUACCUGUGAGUCUCCUCCGACUGACCGGGCUCAGAGGAACACUGGUCGAAGAAAAACCCAAACCCAGUGGAUAUAAACGAGCUGAUCAUCAAAAAAAUACAAGUACAAAUCCAACCUGCAACUUGUGGGAAGGGGGAAGAGGAGGGGGAGGUUAGUGACGAACGCGGAAGCUUGACAUGCGGGAGCAGUGCCGGCGAGUCGGGCUCUGGGACGUUUGGCUGCCUGAUUAUUACAUUGUAUAAUGUAGAAUUCAUUUUCAUAACCUGCAUGCAUAAUCUCCCCUUAUGGACUGUACUGUAUAAAUGGAGUUUGUUAACUAGUCUAAUGGACACUAGGAACAGGAACGGGGCACGCGACACGGUGCAGGACGCAAUGAGAGCCUAAAAGGACGUUUGUCACGCAGUGCCCCUCGCCUGCUCUGAUGCAAGUGUCACGUCAGUAUGCAAAUCCAAUCAGAUCAUCCGAUCUGAACACCCCCACCAUCCCCCCGUGAGUAAAGAUGGGAUGGCUUGUGAAAGAAAAGAGUAAAGUGAGCAGCAUGACAUACUCAUCCAUGCGAUUACCACAUCUAAUAUGAACAUUUUAAGACUGAGCUUUAACAUCCCGCCCUGGGGAUUGGACAGUGGUCAUCAUAACUCGCACCUUGCAUCACAUGAGAUUACCAAUGUCAGAUCUGGACCUGCUGAAACCCAUAAAUGUUCACUUGUCAUCUUAAAAGGAUCACAACUUGUGGCACACAAGAUAGCACCCAGACAUACACUGAAAGAUGUCUGUGCGUGUGUGUAUCCCUCUCAAACCUCUCUCUCUCUCUUUAUCUCUCUCUCUCUCUCCUUCCAAAACACCUGCAGAAACAAGCGUGGGACACAGUGAUAGCCAUAAAAGUUUUACAGGCAUUUGGAGUUUUGCUCACUCAUUCGAUUAGCAGAGUUGAGGGGCCUAUUGGAAGACACACGUUAUUGAGCCAUAAUAUAUAUUUGUGAAAUUAUGAGCCACUCAAUCAACGGCCAUAAGUGAAAACUAGGCAGAAGGUGACGUGGUUCAAUGAUUUUCAGUGAUCACAGAUAAGUUAAUCAGUUCAGUCAGUUUUAGAUAGCAAUCUUCAUGUUUAAAAUGCAGUUAUGUUCAGCAGUCUGUGUCAGUUUACUUUUCACUGGGGGAGAAAAGUGGAGAGGGAUAAACGCUGGCACAUGCACACCACUGCAGCUGUGGCAUCGCAUACCCAAAACUCAUCUUCUAGCCAGAAAGCGGAAGCGCCGCAGGGAGUUGUGAAGCCAGCACGGGGUAUACAGGAACACAACGUGCAUCUCGCAUUAAGUCAAAUUGGUAUCAUAGAUAAACCAAAGUAUUGGGAAUAACAAACUGGCAUGAAGGUAUGAAAAAAAGAAAAAAAAACAUUUCUCUGGUAAGUUUUAGACAAAACAAAAUAGCUUUUGGUAGUAUGUUGCUUUAAAUACAUGCGUAUUUGUCAAUGUAUAGUCAUAGUAUAGGUUGAUUGAAUCGUGGGAACGAGGCGCACCGCGGCGUCUUCUCCGUUUUAAACACCCUUCAGUAAUCCUGAGGUUUUGUGUCCGUUUUUCCGCUGAGUGUUGUCACACCCAAACGAGACAUUUUGUGGAGGAGACUGAGCAAAACAUCAGGAUAAAAUAACGAAAAAAAAAAAUCUCAGAUGCAACGGACCCUUUUUUGUAUGUUAGAUAAUCUUUUGUUGAAGAACUGCUUUUUUGCAGUUUCCAUUCUGUAGUCUGUAAGUACUACUUGUUGUCAAGAGAAGUGCUUCUAUGCUUAUAAAUUGUAUACAUACAUAAAUAUGUACUUUUUAUUGCACGUUUAAAGGGGAUUUACUUCACUUACUGCGAAGGAAAAAACUUUUAAAAAAUAAAAAAAAAAAUCUAAAACAAA